GCUUUUAUUGCUUUCCCUUCUUGCCGUACCUUCCUCCAUCUCUCCAUCUCUCUGUCUUUCCUUUUCCCUUGUCCUCUUUCCACCUUCCUCUUAUUCCCACCUUGGACCUCUCUUUCUGUUCUCACCGCCUACUCGACCCUUCUCUGACUCUCCACUGUAGCAGCAGCCCCCCUCUGGUUGCUUUUGUGCCCCUGUGCCUCAGUGUCCUCAUCUCAGUUUCUCCCGACGCCCCUCCUGGCUCAGCGCCUGGCGGCCUGGCCCCGGGGGAAGGAAGGAUGGUUCCCGAGGUAAGGGUCCUCUCCUCCUUGCUGGGACUCGCGCUGCUCUGGUUCCCCUUGGAUUCUCACGCUCGAGCCCGCCCAGACAUGUUCUGCCUUUUCCAUGGGAAGAGAUAUUCCCCCGGUGAGAGCUGGCACCCCUACUUGGAGCCACAGGGCCUGAUGUACUGCCUGCGCUGUACUUGCUCUGAGAGUGCCCAUGUGAGCUGUUACCGCCUCCACUGCCCGCCUGUCCACUGCCCCCAGCCUGUGACCGAGCCGCAGCAGUGCUGUCCCCGCUGUGUGGAACCUCACACCCCCUCUGGGCUCCGGGCCCCCCCAAAGUACUGUCAGCACAAUGGGACCAUGUACCAACACGGAGAGAUCUUCAGUGCCCACGAGCUGCUCCCUUCCCGCCUGCCCAACCAGUGUGUCCUCUGCAGCUGUACCGAGGGCCAGAUCUACUGUGGUCUCAUGACCUGCCCAGAACCAGGCUGCCCCGCACCCCUCCCGCUGCCUGCAUCCUGCUGCCAGAUGUGCAAAGAUGAGUCAAGUAAGAAAUCAGCUGAAGAGGACACCACACAGUCACACCGUGGGGCGAGACAUUCCCAGGAUCCGUGUUCAGGGGACAAUGGAAGAAAGAGGGUCCUGGGCACCCCAGCUCCUACUGGCCUCAGUGCUCCUCUGGGCUUCAUCCCUCGCCACUUCCGACCAAAGGGGGCAGGCAGCACAACAGUCAAGAUUGUCCUGAAGGAGAAACAUAAGAAAGCCUGCGUGCACAGUGGGAAGACAUACUCCCAUGGGGAGGUGUGGCACCCAGCUUUCCGCUCCUUUGGACCCCUGCCCUGCAUCUUGUGCACCUGUCAGGAUGGCCGCCAGGACUGCCAGCGGGUGACCUGCCCCACUGAGUAUCCCUGCCAUCACCCUGAGAAAGUGGCCGGAAAGUGCUGCAAGAUUUGCCCAGAGGACAAGGCAGACCCUGGCCACAGUGAGAUCAGUGCUACCAGGUGUCCAAAGGUGCCAGGCCGGGUCCUCGUCCACACAUCAGUGUCUCCAAGCCCAGACAACCUACAUCGCUUUGCCCUCGAGCAUGAGGCCUCUGAGCAGGUGGAGAUCUACCUCUGGAAGCUGGUAAAAGAUGAGGAAACUGAGGCUCAGAGAGGUGAAGUACCUGGCCCAAGGCCACACAGCCAGAAUCUUCCACUUGAUUCAGAUCAAGAAAGUCAGGAAGCAAGACUUCCAGAAAGAGGCACAGAACUUCCGGCUACUCGCUUUCCUCCAUGCAGGUCACUGGAACGUUUUCCUAGCCCAGACCCCAGAGCUGAAGGUCACAGCCAGUCCAGACAAAGCAACCAAGACCUUAUAAUAAAGACCUAA